UUUUAAAAUGGUUCACGAGGUUGUUGUUUUGCUCUACUUGUGGCAUCUGGUUGGAGUGUUUGCUGGUCCAGAUGCAGUGGAGUCCGUGUCAGUGACGGAGGGAGAUUCAGUCUCUCUAAACUCUGGUCUCACUGAAAUGAUGGAUGAAGAUGUGAUUCUGUGGAGGUUUGGAGAUGAAAACACUUUAAUUGCUCAUAUCAAUGUACUGGCCGACAGUAUGACUGUAUAUGAUGAUGAUCUUGAUGGGAGAUUCAGAGACAGACUGAAGCUGGACGAUCAAACUGGAUCUCUGAUCAUCACACACACCACAACUGAACACACUGGAGUUUAUACACUUCAGAUCAACGGUGUGAGAAAGAGUUUCAAUCUUACUGUCUAUGUUCCUCUGCCUGUUUCUGUCAUCAGAAGCAACUCAUCCUCAUCAUCUUCAUCUUCAUCAACAGGAUUGACAAAAUGUGAAAAUCUUAACAUCACUGAAGUCUGUAAGGCACAUGCAGAAGUCCACAUCUGUGGCUGUGAUUCUGUUGAAGCUGUGCUGCGAUUGGUCGUCACUGCGCUGAUGGGCGUGGCUUCUGUGGCUGCUGUUGUUCUUCUGGUCAAUGACGUCAGAUUGACAAGAGGUUAAAAGAAGAAAACAGAACAAAUAUCAA